AUGUCAGCCACGUUGUACCCCACCAGGAACCCUAGGAUAUGGCCAGCCCCUCGAGGCUCCUCGCUUGCGUGGGAGACGUCUCCCAAGCCUAACCAAUCGUGUAGUGCGUUGUUUCACCCUCACUUACCUCAUCUGUGUUUCAACACCUAUGUUGGCACUAAUCUAAGCUCUGGCGGUCAAUGGGCAGUUGGAUCGUGCUGCGAUCCUGCUCUACUUUCAAAUGAAUCACUACAAACAGCUGCUAAUAGCACAGAGAAUAACAGAUCGGCCUGCGGCUACGAUGACGAAGAGUCCAUCGAUGGAGAUACGGUAAUGUCGAGCCCGGGCGAGAGCGACAUCGAAGACGACGAUCUCUGCGACAUAUCACCUAACUUCAUCGCUAUGGCCGUAGAUCUGUCACACCACCACAGUCCGCUGCUAAGCUUCGAGGAUAUACUUGCCCAAGAGGAGUCGCUACUCCCGGACGACGGGCUUGACAACGUCGCGCCUUCAAUUGGUAAGAGCUCAACGACUGGUUUUAACUCCCGGGAAGAAAGAUUCUAG